AUGGCGGUUCCCAAUGACAAGCUGGAAGCCGCGGACAAGUCCGCGGCUCAGAUACAAAUAACUGCAGAACAGCUGCUCAGGGAAGCGGCUAGCCUAAGCAAAUAUGAUGAACCAAUUACGAACGAAGAAGCCCUGCUUACAAAUGAGGCGGAAAUACACGAAUACAAAGUCAAAAAGAGGAAAGACUUCGAGGAACGAGUCUUGAGCAAGCCUCAUGCUGGUCGCUUCUGGAUCGAGUAUGGCCAAUGGGAAGCCCAGGGGCUGGACUUCCGAAGAGCUCGGAGUGUUUUUGAGCGGGGCUUGAAAGCGAAUUACCAGAAUGUUGAGAUAUGGAAUAAGUAUAUAGAUACGGAGCUGAAGUAUGAGUUUGUCAACUCUGCUCGGAACUUGUUUGACCGUGUGACAAAAUACCUUCCACGUAUCGACCACUUCUGGUUACGAUAUGCGUUAUUUGAAGAGACGGUGGGGAACUACCAAGGUGCUCGAUCAGUGUUUGAACGUUGGAUGCAAUGGUCGCCUUCCAUCAAGGCGUGGAUGUCGUAUGUCAAAUUCGAGGAGAGGACAGGGGAGCUUCAGAAUGCCCGGGAAGUCUUACGGCGGAUGACGGAGCUGCACAGGACCCAAGAAGCCUACAUGAAGGCGGCGAAAUGGGAGGAGUCGGUUCGCAAUGUGGAUGGUACUAGGUACUGGUAUGAGAAAGCUGUGGGGACCGUCCAGGCAACUCCUUUAACCGAAUCGUUUUUCAUCAAGUGGGCUAGAUUCGAAGAGCUGCAAGGCGAUUACGGCAAAACUACAGCUAUAUAUAGGAAGGGUCUGGAGGUCCUAGGGGCAGGGAGCAUCUUGCACGGUGGCUUUGUGAACUUUCAAAAGCGUCAGGGCGAAGUGGAGGAUGUCGAGGAUCUCGUGCUGACUUGGCGAAAGAAGCAGUAUGAGGCGCAGCUCGAGAAGGCCAGCGGGUACGACUAUGACCUGUGGUACAUGCUCAUCAAUUUGGAGCAGCAGCUGUACCCCAAGGACCCAGAGAGGGUGCGGAGGCUGUAUGAAGGCGUGCUUGCAAAGAAGCCUAAGUCCGACCAGAAAAAAGACUGGAAGAGGUAUUUCUACGUCUUGUUGAAUUGGGCCAUCUUUGAGGAAGUCACAGCAAAGGAUGUUAAUAGAGCUCGCUCAGUCUAUCAGUGUCUCGCGGACAAUGUCAUACCACACAAAAAGUUCUCUUUUGCCAAACUGUGGUAUCUUUGGGCACAAUUUGAAUUGAGAAUCUGCGUCGACGACGUAACCCCAGCCAGACUCGUGUUCGGUCGCGCUAUAGGCCAAUACCCCAACCACAAGAUCUUCAAACGCUAUAUUGAAAUGGAACUGAAACUAGGAGAAAUAGACCGCUGUCGACUGGUUGCGGCCAGAUACGUCGAACAUCAACCGCAAAAUCCUAGAUCCUGGCUCGCUCUUAUAGACAUUGAACUGUUGGUUAAAGACUAUCAAAGAGCAAACCGAAUCUUCGAAAUUGCCCUCACUCACAAAGGCAUACAGAAUAGAGAGGAACUUUGGAAACACUACAUCAGUGUUGAGUCUAAUCUUGGCAACAUACAAAAGGCGAGGAACCUCUACGAAAGACUAUUUGUCGAGAGCGAGCACUGGAAAGUAUUACAAGCACUCGUUGAAUUCGAGUGGAAAACUGCCCAUGACACUGAACGAGCAAGACAAGCCUGUCGGAGAGCCAUCAACCUUUGCAAAGAAAACUCCCUAGACGCCGAAAGAGCAGCCAUGAUCAAUACCUGGUUGAAUCUUGAGAAAGCUCUUGGGUCGCCAGCCACCGUGAAAAUGGUUGAAGAACAAAUUCCACGGAAAGUCAAGAAGAGAAGAAGCGUUGUUGCCGAAGAUGGGCUCAAAUACACGGAAGAAUAUACUGCCUAUAUUUUCCAAGACGAACCUGCCAGCUCUUCGUCAUUGGCGAUUUUCAAAGCCGCCCAAAAAUGGCGCAAACAAAAGGAAGCCGCUGAAGCAGCCGCUGGAUAG